GACCCUCAUUAGCUGCAAUGGAGCAAGUGUCAAAAUCAUUUUAUCAUAUGAUACGUGGACAACAUAGCCCGUAUAGAUUCUUGUAUUAUAAGCUGUUGGCUACGUAUUGUCCGAUUGAUGAGUGUGCUAUGGAUAUUGGCGAACAAGUUGAAAGGGCCAUACAUGCCCCCGUUUUACCAAAGAUCAGGCAAUCUGUGGUCAAGCAGGAAUCGAGAGAAUUCAAAGUAUCUGAUUGGAAGGUUCAGUUUGUCGAAUCUUACAAGUAUUACGUGACGGAAGUAUGCACUGUCUGUGGUGAAUCGGGUGAUCCCAUUCCUAUAUGGGAGGUUCGCUUGUGUAGAUUCUGCGUUGUCAGACAAUUGAUUAACAAGAGCGCUCUAUACGCAUUCACCUUGUCCCCCAAGGAGAUUGAAGUACUCAAGCCAUGGAAAACUUAUGUGUAUGAUCUUGGCAUGAGUUGUACGUUUUACCUUCGAAAUCAUCUUGAUCAUUUAAGACGACAAAAAUAUUCUGACCCACAAUGCGACUUGGACCUUGAUGUGAAGCAGCGUCAAUCUGAGAAAUUUGCAAAGGAGAACGUUAAACGCAAGAGAAAACAGAGGGAGCAAGAUGAGUCUUAUUCUGAAAGGAUGCGGUCGGUUCUCCAAUGCUUUAGUGAUUGGAAGUUAAAAGCGGAACUAUCGAUCAUGGAAGAGUGGUGGUUCCCCAAGGAACUUAAAUUAGAAAUUCACGAGUAUAUUUCUAACAAGACAAAUAAUAGCUUGGCGCGAAAACGACUUCGCCUGUCCAUUGAGCAAGAAUCCAAUAAUGGUGAUGAUAGCUCUACACCUUCGACGCCGUCCAACUCUCAAUCGAAAAGUAAAGCCCUUCGAAAGAAUUUGGAAGAUAUCAUGUUUGAAUUACAAACCGUUGUGGUGCCAAGGGUGAACAGAUUGGUGGAAUUAAAUACUCUUUUAUCAGCCGACAUUGCCAUCGAAAAAUUACGUAUGGAUUUAGAUUUAAAGACCAGGCGAAUAUACGACGAUUUUGUGCUCGGAGGGGGGAUGAUAUCGAGUCCAUCUUCAACUCCAUCGGAAUGUCAGUUGACAGUGGAUCGAACACACAAAGAAAUUUUGUCAUAUUUCGAGAGGGAGGAAAUUUUUAAAAAAUCGCUAACUCAAGCAUGGUUGAAUAUUAAUCACAACGAAUUCAUGCUAUCUGAACUAGAUCAUCAAAGAUUUUUACGGGAUGCGAAGGAAUGGUGGGCGAGACGAGGAAAGAAACCUCCGCCUGAAAAAUGUGGGGAGUUAUACCUGGCUCGUGUUCAUAAGAGGCAGAUUUGGUUAAAGAAUGACAUGUCCUUAACAAGAACCCAAGAACAUUGGAGACGUCAGUUAUUAGAAAGGAAAUUAAAAGAAAAGAUUGAUUG